AUGACAGUUGGUUCUGAGCAAAGGAAGGUGGGACCCAGUGAGCUUCAGGGAGUGAGGAAGAAUGUGGUUUCAGAGUCAUCUUCACGACCAGGAUCAUCUUCUCAUAUUGCUCCUGUUAUUCAUGAAUGGACAUAUGAUGCAAUGUGCCAUGAUUUACUUGAAAUGGAUGGAAAUAAAUAUGUUCACGUGGUUUCAAGCAAAACAGGUGAUGUUUAUGAAAGGAAAGAAGUCCUUUUAGAGGAUCAUGAUCCAGUAUGGCUGGAGCUCCGACAUUCCCAUAUAGCAGAUGCUAGUGAACGCUUGCAUGACAAGAUGACAAAUUUUGUGUCCAGAAAUAAAGUUGCUCAGAUGCAUGGCAGAGAUGGUGGGGAGAUGUCUACUCGUGACUUGCAAAAGAUGGUUCAAGCAUUGCCACAAUAUAAGGAACAAAUGGACAAAGUAUCCCUCCAUGUUGAUCUUGCUGGAAAGAUUAAUGGUAUUAUCAGGAAGAUGGGGCUUAGAGACGUGGGGCAAUUAGAGCAAGACAUUGUCUUUGGAGAUGCAGGAACAAAAGAUAUCAUUAAGUUUCUCAAAGAACAAGAUGCAAUAGAUGAACAAAAGAUCCGAUUAUUAAUGAUAUAUGUAGCAACUCAUCCCAAGGAAUUUGAGACUAAUAAACUUGCAAAGAUAUUGGAGGUGAGGAUCUUUUUUUUCUUUCUAUUACAACAUUAUUUGCUUCCUGAAGAUAUGAAGGCAAUUUACAAUAUGAGAUUUCUGGAGUCAGCACCAGAUACUCAUGUUCAAGAUAAAAAUGGUAUCCAAGCAGAACUUGAAGAAGAAAUAAAAUUCCAGAAAGAUUUGAAUAAUAAUUUGAGUAUAGAAUUGAAUAAAACUCAAGAAUCAAAUCUUGAGCUAGUUUCUAUCCUCCAGGAACUGGACAAACAAAUAGAACAACAGAAAUUGGAGAAAAAUAGUAUCGAGGCAUCAGAACAAUCAGUAGUUGAUGAAGACAAUGUAGAAGAGCAUACAUGGGUAGAAGUGUCAAGAAUCACAACAAAAGACAACUUUAGACUUGAGCUUGAACUGUAG